UCUCUUAGCUACCUUUCUCUCCUUCAACCUCAAAUUUCCAAACAAAUAACUAAUAAUUAAUUAAAUAUGGGUAGGUCACCAUGUUGUAAUGACAUUAGGGAAUUGAAGAAAGGUCCAUGGACACCAGAAGAGGAUGACAAACUUGUCUCCCACAUCCAAACUCACGGCCAUGGAAGUUGGCGUGCUCUUCCCAAGGCGGCCGGGCUUAAUAGGUGUGGUAAGAGUUGUCGAUUAAGAUGGACUAAUUACUUAAGGCCCGAUAUUAAACGUGGUCGUUUUACUGAAGUAGAAGAAGACAUGAUCAUCAAGCUUCAUUCGGUUCUCGGGAAUAAGUGGUCUAGAAUUGCAGCUCAUCUUCCAGGAAGAACAGAUAACGAGAUUAAGAAUUAUUGGAACACUCGUCUAAGGAAAAAUCUUCUCCAAAUGGGUAUAGAUCCUGUUACACACAAGCCAAGAAGUGACCUUAAUUUGCUAGCUAAUCUUUCUCAACUCCUUACAAACCCACCAAAUUUAGGUCCAUUAAUGAACUCUUGGGAACUCAAUAAUGCCCUUAGGGUUCAACCCAAUGUCGCCGCCGAGGUAGCUAAACUUCAUGUCUUACAACACAUCUUCCAAAUCCUAAACACACCCAAUUCAUCAUCAUCACUUCAAAAUUUGCAUCAAACUAUGCCAUUAAACAUGGGAUUUAUUCCCCAUAAUAUUAACUUAAAUAACAUUAAUAUUUCUAAUAAAAAUACCACAAAUAUUCCUAUAAAUUCUAGCUCUCAAUUAGGGUUUUGUCAAGUUCCAAACUAUAAUCAAGAAAUAUAUCAAAAUUUGGAUACAAAUUGUGAUAAAAACUUGAGCAAUAAUACUAGUUAUGAAAUUCUAGAUGAGAAUAGACUUCCUUCCUUAGUUAACAUUUCUCCAGAAGCUUCUACAGUUACUAAUCAAGUUGAGAGCAACACAAACUCCACUAAUGGCGGUUCAUGUGUCUGGAAUUCCAACACAGAUGAAUUGUUUCAAGGUUGGGAAAAGUUACUUGAUGAUGGCACCAGUGAUCUGUGGAAAGAAUUCAUAAAGUAA